AUGCAUAGAGCUGGUCUAAGGCAUAUCCUUUUUUUUGUCAUUCCCGUGCCUCAAGUUCUAUCGCUACAAUCUCGCCUUCAAGAACAAGUUGGUGAAAAUACUGGUGCUCGGAUUCAUGAGAUAUUAGAGCAACUGGUUAUAACAGCAAAUUGCAAAAUACCAGAGUUUAGAGCAUCCAGGCUUUUUCAGAUACUUACACAAAUAGUUUGGGUGAUGGUACUAUUUAGCAAUCCACAAGCUGUCAAUGGAAAAGAAGCUGUUGACCUUCAUUGUCUUGGUCUUUCAUAUAAUCUGAUUGUUAUGAACAUGGAAAUGCCUGUCAUGCAUGGCUAUGAGGCUACGAAGGAGCUACGGGACAUGGGCGUCUACUCUGCUAUUGUUGGAGUAGUAUCAAGAAAUGAGGAGGCUGAAAAUUUCAUGGAAGCGGGCUUAGACGGCUGCGUUUCUAAGCCAUUAAGCAUUGAGAAACUGGCUCCAUUCCUUCCAUUUCCAUCCACUGCUUCCACUGGCGAAAGCGAUGAUGACUAUGACGGUGAUGAUCGUCAAAGCAGCACCAGUAGCAAUGGCAACUAAUCAUAUGUCUAUUUCUCCAGAGAGAAUAUUUACCAAUUUUUCUGUAUCCACUUCAACAAAUUUCGAUUGGUCCUUUUUUUCUGUGCAAACCACCCAUAUCUGGAUCCUAUUAUAAAAGACCGACUAAAUCCGACUUGGGAUUUAGUCACAGUUAAAACUCUUCUUUCACCCUUCUCUGCAAAUGCAUUUAGUGGGGAUCGAGCCCGAGAGCACUUUCCACAUACCCAACCUGUAUUGCUAACUGAGCUACAAUCCGUAGGUAAAGUUUGUUGGUCUUUUGGUCUGUAUAAAUUUGUGAUAUUGUUAAAAUAACCUUAGACUUUCUUGGUACACAUGAUUAUGGAAAUGGCUUAUGGUUCCUAUGUUGUGUGUGAAGGCGCAACCCUCCCUAAGGGAAAUGUAUGGUACCACCUCUAGUUUCUCAAUUUUUAUAGACCAAAAAAA